GGCGCGGGGCCAGCCUCGCUUUGCCAGGGUCGCUGGCGGACGCGCGCCGCAGUCCGAGCCUCAGACGCGCGGGCGCGGGGGACAGCGAAGGGGCCGCCUGGCUGGAGCAGCCAGAGGGGACAGCUUCGUCGAGAACCGAGGACCUCAGCGGUCCAGGGUCCUGGGCGGUCGCUCCAGAGCAGAGCGGUGGGCGCAGUGCGAGAACGAAUCUUUGUGACAUUCUUCCUCGAUAUUCGUUACCCUCUGUUUGCUGAAGACUUUGACAAAAGCUGGUCUUAGCUGCUGGCAUUCUCCUGAGAAAAGGAUAGCUUCAGAAAUUAGAAAAACGUUUGGGAGGCGUCUAGCCCAGUGUACCUUCUGAAGAGCAAUGCUAAGAAGACCUUUGGUUUGAAGAAUUAAAAGGAAGAACAACUUCUUCAGAUAAGAAGAGCUUCUUCAAAGAACCUACACUAGAGAAGAUUUGUGGCUAAUGGUGCAGUUUAACUUAAAACUUCUGAGGAGAGCUCUCAUCUUCAGUUAUCAUAGUUCAUGACCUCCCAGCAGUAUGAGGAUUUGUUUACUCAUGUCUCUUUAAUUUCCUGCAUGAAAAUUACUUAAACAUUGCACACAACGUUUCACAAAGUCUUUUGUGAAAGAAGAAAAGGAAAUUCAGUUUGUGGGUCUCAGCAGGAGUUAAGCUAAUGCAGCUUAAAAUAAUGCCGAAAAAGAAGCGCUUAUCUGCGGGCAGAGUGCCCCUGAUUCUCUUCCUGUGCCAGAUGAUUAGUGCACUGGAAGUACCUCUUGAUCCAAAACUUCUUGAAGACUUGGUACAACCUCCAACCAUCACCCAACAGUCUCCAAAAGAUUACAUUAUUGACCCUCGGGAGAAUAUUGUAAUCCAGUGUGAGGCCAAAGGGAAACCGCCCCCGAGCUUUUCCUGGACCCGUAAUGGGACUCAUUUUGACAUCGAUAAAGACCCUUUGGUCACCAUGAAGCCUGGCACAGGAACUCUCAUAAUUAAUAUCAUGAGUGAAGGGAAAGCUGAGACCUAUGAAGGAGUCUAUCAGUGUACAGCAAGGAACGAACGCGGAGCUGCCAUUUCUAAUAACAUUGUCGUCCGCCCAUCCCGAUCACCAUUGUGGACCAAAGAAAAACUUGAACCAAUCACACUUCAAAAUGGUCAAUCUUUAGUACUUCCCUGCAGACCCCCAAUUGGAUUACCACCACCUAUAAUAUUUUGGAUGGAUAAUUCCUUUCAAAGACUUCCACAAAGUGAGAGAGUUUCUCAAGGUCUGAAUGGGGACCUGUAUUUUUCCAAUGUCCUCCCAGAGGAUACCCGUGAAGACUAUAUCUGUUAUGCCAGAUUUAAUCAUACUCAAACCAUACAGCAGAAGCAACCUAUUUCCGUGAAGGUGAUUUCUGUGGAUGAAUUGAAUGACACUAUAGCUGCUAAUUUGAGUGACACUGAGUUUUAUGGUGCUAAAUCAAAUAGAGAGAGGCCACCAACAUUUUUAACUCCAGAAGGCAAUGCAAGUAACAAAGAGGAAUUAAGAGGAAAUGUGCUUUUACUGGAGUGCAUUGCAGAAGGACUGCCUACCCCACUUAUUUACUGGGCAAAAGAAGAUGGAAUUUUACCCACCAACAGGACAUCUUAUAAGAACUUUAAGAAAACCUUGCAGAUCACUCAUGUUUCAGAAGCAGACUCUGGAAAUUACCAAUGUAUAGCAAAAAAUGCAUUAGGAGCAAUCCACCAUACCAUUUCUGUUAGAGUUAAAGCGGCUCCAUACUGGAUCAUGGCCCCUCAAAAUCUUGUGCUGUCCCCAGGAGAGGAUGGGACCUUGAUCUGCAGAGCUAAUGGCAACCCCAAACCCAGAAUUAGCUGGUUAACAAAUGGAGUCCCAAUAGAAAUUGCCCCUGAUGACCCCAGCAGAAAAAUUGAUGGCGAUACCAUUAUUUUUUCAAAUGUUCAAGAAAGAUCAAGUGCCGUAUAUCAGUGCAAUGCCUCUAAUGAGUAUGGAUAUUUACUGGCAAAUGCAUUUGUAAAUGUGCUGGCUGAGCCACCACGAAUCCUCACACCUGCAAACACACUCUACCAGGUGAUUGCAAACAGACCUGCUUUACUAGACUGUGCCUUCUUUGGGUCUCCUCUCCCAACCAUUGAGUGGUUUAAAGGAGCUAAAGGAAGUGCUCUUCAUGAAGAUAUUUAUGUUUUACAUGAAAAUGGAACUUUGGAGAUUCCUGUGGCCCAAAAGGACAGUACGGGAACUUACACGUGUGUUGCAAGGAAUAAAUUAGGGAUGGCAAAGAAUGACGUCCACUUAGAAAUCAAAGAUCCUACAUGGAUCAUUAAACAGCCCGAAUAUGCAGUUGUGCAAAGAGGGGGCAUGGUGUCGUUUGAAUGCAAAGUGAAACAUGAUCACACCUUAGUCCUCACUGUCCUGUGGCUGAAGGACAAUGAGGAACUGCCCAGUGAUGAAAGGUUCACUGUUGACAAGGAUCAUCUGGUGGUAGCUGAUGUCAGUGAUGAUGACAGUGGGACCUACACGUGUGUGGCCAACACCACUCUGGACAGCGUCUCCGCCAGCGCUGUGCUUAGCGUUGUUGCUCCUACUCCAACUCCAGUUCCCGUUUACGAUGUUCCAAAUCCUCCCUUUGACUUAGAACUGACAGAUCAACUUGACAAAAGUGUUCAGCUGUCAUGGACCCCAGGCGAUGACAACAAUAGCCCUAUUACAAAAUUCAUCAUCGAUUAUGAAGAUGCGAUGCACGAGCCAGGGCUGUGGCACCACCAAACCGAAGUUUCUGGAACACAGACCACAGCCCAGCUGAAGCUGUCUCCUUAUGUGAACUACUCCUUCCGUGUGACAGCCGUGAACAGCAUUGGGAAGAGCUUGCCCAGUGAGGCAUCUGAGCAGUAUUUGACGAAGGCCUCAGAACCAGAUAAAAAUCCCACGGCUGUGGAAGGACUGGGAUCAGAGCCUGAUAAUUUGGUGAUUACAUGGAAGCCCUUGAAUGGUUUCGAAUCUAAUGGGCCAGGCCUUCAGUACAAAGUUAGCUGGCGCCAGAAAGAUGGUGAUGAUGAAUGGACGUCUGUGGUUGUGGCAAAUGUAUCCAAAUAUAUUGUCUCAGGCACGCCAACCUUUGUUCCAUACCUGAUCAAAGUUCAGGCCCUGAAUGACAUGGGGUUUGCCCCCGAGCCAGCUGUAGUCAUGGGACAUUCUGGAGAAGAUCUCCCAAUGGUGGCUCCCGGGAAUGUGCGGGUGAAUGUGGUGAACAGUACCUUAGCCGAAGUGCACUGGGACCCAGUACCUCUGAAAAGCAUCCGAGGACACCUACAAGGCUAUCGGAUUUACUACUGGAAGACACAGAAUUCACCUAAAAGAAACAGACGUCACAUUGAGAAAAAGAUCCUCACCUUCCAAGGCAGCAAGACGCAUGGCAUGUUGCCGGGGCUGGAGCCCUUUAGCCACUACACAUUGAACGUCCGAGUGGUCAAUGGGAAAGGGGAGGGCCCAGCCAGCCCUGACAGAGUCUUUAAUACUCCAGAAGGAGUCCCCAGUGCUCCCUCGUCUUUGAAGAUUGUGAAUCCGACACUGGACUCUCUCACUUUGGAAUGGGAUCCACCGAGCCACCCGAAUGGCAUUUUGACAGAGUACACCUUAAAGUAUCAGCCAAUUAACAGCACACAUGAAUUAGGCCCUCUAGUAGAUUUGAAAAUUCCUGCCAAUAAGACGCGGUGGACUUUAAAAAAUUUAAAUUUCAGCACUCGAUAUAAGUUUUAUUUCUAUGCACAAACAUCAGCAGGAUCAGGAAGUCAGAUUACAGAGGAAGCAGUUACAACUGUGGAUGAAGGUAAGAUGGCUGGUAUUCUUCCACCUGAUGUAGGUGCAGGCAAAGUUCAAGCAGUAAAUCCCAGGAUCAGCAAUCUUACUGCUGCAGCUGCUGAGACCUAUGCCAAUAUCAGUUGGGAAUAUGAGGGACCAGAGCAUGUCAACUUUUAUGUUGAAUAUGGUAUAGCAGGCAGCAAAGAAGAAUGGAGAAAAGAAAUUGUAAAUGGUUCUUGGAGCUUCUUUGGGUUAAAGGGUCUAAUGCCAGGAACAGCAUACAAAGUUCGAGUUGGUGCAGUGGGGGACUCUGGUUUUGUCAGUUCAGAGGCUGUGUUUGAGACGGGCCCAGCGAUGGCAAGCCGGCAGGUGGAUAUUGCAACUCAGGGCUGGUUCAUUGGUCUAAUGUGUGCUGUCGCUCUCCUUAUCUUAAUUUUGCUGAUUGUUUGCUUCAUCAGAAGAAACAAAGGUGGUAAAUAUCCAGUUAAAGAAAAGGAAGAUGCCCAUGCUGACCCUGAAAUCCAGCCUAUGAAGGAAGACGAUGGGACGUUUGGAGAAUACAGGUCUCUUGAAAGUGACGCGGAAGACCACAAGCCUUUGAAAAAAGGAAGUCGAACUCCUUCAGACAGGACUGUGAAAAAAGAAGACAGUGAUGACAGCCUAGUUGACUAUGGAGAAGGGGUGAACGGUCAGUUCAAUGAGGAUGGCUCCUUUAUUGGACAAUACAGUGGUAAGAAGGAGAAAGAGCCGGCUGAAGGAAACGAAAGCUCAGAGGCACCUUCUCCUGUCAAUGCCAUGAAUUCCUUUGUUUAAUUUUUAAGCUCUUUGCCAAUAUUCCGUUUCUCUAGAAUGUUUAUCCUAAGCACUUGUUCGUCAGCCCUCUCAUACUAUGAACAUAUGGGUAGAGAGUGUGUUUUCUGCUGUAUGUUAAUAUUAUGAGAAUAGUUAAAGCAAAAACAUAACUCAGUCAAAUGAUAUGUUAAUGUGAACUGGAAUGCAAAGUGCAUACUUUUUCAUUCAAAAUGGGUAUUCUUGAUUUCCUCAGAACUGAGAAAAAAUAAUGCAACAUCACCAACAGAUCCUGUUAUUUCCUCUUCAGGAUACAACUCAAUAUGAUGCAUGAAAAAUGCUCCACAUUUAAAGGACAUACACGUGUAUGUUAUGAAAACAUGGUUUGAUACUUUGUUUAUACUAUCCUCAGCUGAACCCCUAAAUAUGAAUUCCGUUUUCAUUGUCAAGAGUGUUACUGUAGUAUUCUCUAGGACUUCAAUGUCUUUGUGGACAUUGUUGUGAAACUGGUAACUCUAUGUCUAGCUGUCGUUAGUCUUUUUGGGAGACUGUUAGGAACAGUAUGUACAGUAUAUACUUGCUAAAUGAGUUCAUUAUGACAGUCGCAUUGCUGAUGCUUACUGAGAACUAUUACCUGCUCUUGGCUCCUGUUACUCCGUAGGCUUCUUAAUCUUCCAGGCAUUACAGCAGCACAGUAUUCUACUUUGUACAUCAUUUCUGUGUUCCGUUGUUUUUAGGCAUAAACAAUGUGUAUUGCAAUGCAUUUCGGCAUCUGUGCCAUACUGAAAGAAUCAAAAACAAGUCAUUCAAAUUAAAUUUCAAACAUUACUCCAGAGAACACAGGGCAAGACACAUAUAGUGCCUUCAGACAUUAAGCAUUCCAUAACAUACUGCAUUCUGUAUUAGCUGCUCCAGUCCAUUCUGAGUCCUAGAUUACUGUCAUUGUCAAAAAGCAACUUUUAAAAAGCAGAGUUCAUGAAAACUGCAAUGCUGGGAAAAGAAGGAAACAUGAAAAUAAAAAUAAUGAGACAGCUUAUU